CCUGUGUGCCCGAUCUCCGCGACGCCCUGGUUCCCCGAGGAUGCAAAUCCUCACGCGCAGUGGUGGGGUGAUGGACACUAAAAUAGAAAAGAUGGGAAUCGACAUGGCGCGCGGGUAAUAACUAAGAUUCCCUCUCUUAUUCGUUAAUUCUGAAAGGAACCGGCAAGAAUAUUGUGUUUGUCUCCAUGUCAAUAUUUUUGGAUUGCUUCAAAAUAAGACAAUUAGAAACCCACCAGGUGGUAAAUAUUUAGUGAAUCAGAUUAGUAAUGGCGUUGCUUAAGGCGCCUCUCUUUCUGACAUUGUAUGUUAUUACGUUUGUCGAGUCACAAAGUCGAAAAGAUCUCUCAAGAAAUACCGUCUUCAAGCCGACUAAAGAUGAAUACUUGGACAAUUCUACCUUCAAGACCGUACCCGACUCUCGUCCUUUCGACUGCAGCCUUCAUUGCCUGGCCGACCCAGACUGUCAAUCAACCAACUACCAUCCACCAACGCGUAUGUGCGAGCUGUGUAACCACACCUUCAAAUCAAGGCCUGGUUACAGAAUUUCCAAGCCAGGUUACAUCCACUUCGACCCUGACAAAGGAUCUAUUUUAUCUGACGAACCCUGCCGGAAUGUAGAGUGUAAGAACGGUGGAAUGUGCUACCCCGUUGAUUCGCCAUCCGCACACCCUCCGUGGAAAUGUGUGUGUCAAAUCAACACUACCGGCAUGCUCUGCGAACAGUGGAUAGGUGUCGCUGCAUCGUCAUGCAAGGAUGCAUUUAUAAAAGGUUGUACAAAAGACACUUCGUACAUACUAAACAUUGAGGACAAAAGCGUCGAGACUUUUUGCCACUUGACAGCGAUUGACGGCUGCGGUGAUGGGGGAUGGACGCUGGCAAUGAAAGUCAAUGGCUCAAAGACCACCUUUCCCUACGAGUCUUCUCUCUGGACCGACAAAUCCGCCUACAACCCCUCGGCCGGUCUGACGGGCUUCGAUAACCAAGAGACCAAGCUCCCAAGCUACUGGGCCACGCCCUUCACCAAGAUCUGCAUCGGGUUCAAGGUCGGGGACACCCUUAAGAACAUGACGAUCCCCUAUACGGCUACGUCACUCUAUGACGUCAUCGCUGACGGCACAUACAGGGGAACCUCGAUCGGGAAGACCGCUUGGAGGGCACUAAUCGCUGGCUCGUCCAUGCAAGGAAACUGUAACCGACAGGGGUUUAAUGUUCUAGGACGGCUAAGAAUAGGGAUAAUGAGUAAUCAGGAAAAUGACUGCAUCACGUGUGAUACCCAUUUAGGUAUUGGGGGUGAUGUCAUGAUCGCUGGGAAUAGAUGCGGAUCCUCUUAUUGCGAUAAUGGCCCAAAAAACAUUAAAGCUAUGGGCUAUCUCCUUUUACAGUAAGCCAAUAGGAAACUUUCACCAAGACAUCAGAUGACUUUUUGAAUGGCAAAUUCACUCCAAACACAGAAUUGACUGCGGCCGUCAUGCCUUAAAAUGACUUCUUAUUAAGAAACGUUCUGGCAUGAUUCGUAAGCGCUGAAUGAUGCUGUUAUUUUGCCGCUAAAAGCCUGAGCGCGCGCUAGUUUGACACCCAAAAAGUCACGUGAUCUCUUAGCGCAAAUCGCCUAUACAACAUUGAUAGCUGGUUUAACGGGGCCGUUUGAAACGUUGAAAUUUUUGCUGCGUUUCACUUUGGCUGUGUUCCACUUGGGCUUAUAAAGGAAAUCAAAAAGUGAAAAUACUUAAAUAUGCUGUAAAGGGGGGAAGUGAUAGUCGAGGGGCAGAACUCAGAUAAGGUUGGCGACAGUCUUUCAGAAUGAAAUUCGAAAAAAAAUGUAAUUGAUAAAAAAUUGACA